AUUUAUUCACUUUUUAGUGUCUGUAAUGUCGCAUGUCAAGAGUUAUGUGGGCACAUAGUACCAGACAACUACGAAAUACACAUUGCACCAAAAAAUAAUGAUAAAAACACUACUAUUUUUACCUGGUUUCAAGUUAUAGACGUUGGAGAAAUAAAUGAAGGGAAAAUGGAUUAUUUGUUGCACGUUUUCGUUACAAAUAUUUGGAAUGAUACCAGACUAAAUCUAGAAGAAUUUAAGAGUCAGAAGAAAGCAACUAUAUUAUACGAAGGUUGCACUAAUUAUAUCUGGACACCAGACAUAUUUUAUGAAACAGCAAAAGAAAUAAAAACAUUUGAAAAAGAAUCCACCAGUACUUUGUUAAAAGUAUUAUCUGAUGGGUCCAUUUAUUUAUCGAAGAGAUAUUGGUUUCGGGCAAGUUGCCCAAUGUAUUUGCAAGAUUACCCUUUUGAUAUUCAGAAAUGUAAAUUUCUCAUUUCAUUACUGACUUCUGAUGACGUGUCACAGUUGAGUUGGGUUGGUAAUGAGAACAGUCCAUACAAAAAUGCGUACAAAUCUUGUGAAAUGAUCAGACAGCCUGAACUACUAUUAUUUCACGUAAGCAAACCAAAAGCUUAUUUCAUGACUGAAACUUUGUCUGAAGGUAACUAUACAAGUUUGAUUGCCGAGUUUACUUUGAUUCGUCUUUUGAGUGGAAGUGUUAUUAAUACAUUCAUACCUUCUACUAUGAUUGUGAUCAUGAGUUUUGUUGGUUUUUGGCUGCAAGUAGACGCAGUUCCUGCAAGAGUAGCUCUCUGUGUUACAUCACUUCUGACACUUAUUACUCAGGUGUAUCAAUACAGACAACAACUUCCAGCUGUAAAUUAUUUAAAGGCUAUGGACAUAUGGUUUUUUGUAUGUAUAUUUAUGGUGUUUUCUACACUAGUUGAGUUUGCCAUAAGUUACAAUAUGUGCUUUGGGAAAAGCUUCAGUUGCCGAGGAAAGGUAAAAUCAAAAGAGGUAACCCAGAUUGUUGACAAUAAUAGGAAUAAGAAAGAAUCCGAAAAUGCUAAGUGGCUUGUUGUAAAAAAUGCAGGGUCAAUCUCUACUUCUUCUCGGCCUUCAAGUCAAAGUAGUAGCAAAUCAGAAGAAACACAUUUAACUUCCGCAAGAAAUGGGUUUUCUCUGACUGAUAAUUACAGCAAAUUCUUAUUUCCGUUUAGUUUUUUCCUAUUUGCUUCAGUAUAUUGGACUUAUUACUUAUCAAUUUAUAACACAAGAUUAAAUAAAUUAUAA